UAGCAACCUUUGACUUCCAUGUUCUCCUCACGUCAAACGCUUUGAGGCAGUCCAAUUUUCGCUCGGCCCAAAAUUUUACUUUUGAACCAAACCAUUCGAUUUCGAAAUCCUUGGCACAAUGCUCCAGAAUGCGACGCGGGAGGUGGCAGCUCAGGGAGGAUUCUUCUUCAAGCAGUCGGAGCUGAUGCGCAUGCUGCCCGAGAUUCCCAAGCUGCUGGACAUCUACGAUCUGUUCGUGGUCAAUGGGCAUGGGCAUGGACUGGCGGCCGCUGAAGACGAGCUAGCGGCGCUCGUGUGCAUGGAUCCUGGCGUGGGCAUACGGCUGACGGAUGUGGCGGACUGCCUGCGCACCAUGGGCCUGAGUCCCAGUGACGACGUGAUGCGGACGCACCUGGCCGAGCUUGUGCGUCGGCGCGAGGCGAUGGGCGUAAGGAGCGCACAGCGGGCCACCUUCGAGCUGGUGCUCACGCUCUACUGCCGCCUGGCCGAGAGGGAGGUGGAGGAGGAGCUGGACAAAGGCUCCGGCGUCGAGGAUGUACUGCGCGUGCUGCGCAGCCGGGAUCCCGAUGGCACUGGCAUGCUGCCCUACAGCCAGCUGCGCCGCAUGCUGACCACCAUGGGCAGUCGGCUGGACGAGACGGAGGCGUACGGUGUGCUGCACUGCGUCGCGGACAUCGAUGGCAAUGUGCACUAUGAGCACCUGGUGCGCCAGCUGUACGCCAAGGAUCCGCUGGCGGAGGAGCGGCUGCAGCAGGCGCAGCUCUAUCUGCAGGCGGUCGGACGCAAUGCCAUCGACAUGGACAUGGGCAAGCGGGACGAGUUCAUCGACGCCAUCCGGCGGGCGGAUCCCAUGGGCACCGGUUUCAUCCAGCCGGAGCGCCUGCUCGAGCUGCUCAAUCGCAACGAGGAGCAGUUCACCAGCGAGGAGCUGCAGCUGCUCACCCAGGGAAUGGAGGACACACGGUGCGAGCGGGGCAUCAACUACCAGCGCUUUCUGCAGUUCAUCAUGAACGAGUAGUGGCUGCCGUGCUGAGAUCCUUUUUUGCAUCCUGGAUGUGGCUGCUCCUGCGUGAAUUCCACUGGGAAAUCUGAAAUCAAAAUUAGCAUUAAAUAAAACCGCGUUCUUUUCGUGCGACGGUGUGGCAGCACUGGCUGCUCUAUUUUUA